UAUGCUUUCCUAAUCCAAUUUGACUCUAACUACUUAAAUCAGAUUAGCCACUGUAAUUUAAGCUAUUGCAUAAAACGAAUAAUUGAGUGAAAAAAGAAGAUAAAUCUUAGCCUAACUUGAGAUGUUUACUGUUGAAGUUGGUAAUUAUUUUAACAAAAAUAAAUAGCAUUUUUAAGAUUAGAUUAAAGUAGAGUGAAUUAAUUGGCUCAUACAGAUAUUAUUGAAUUUUUAUAAGACAAUAAAAUAUCCCAUUCAUAAUUUGAAGCUGCAUAUCUUUUUAAGAGAUUAGAUUGGGAUAGAGAUGGAAGAAUAAAAUUGGGAGAGUAAUUAAUUUAUAUAUAUUUUGAUAGUUUUCUUUAAUACAUUCUACCAAAAAGAAAUAAUACUUUAAGAGAUAUAGCAAAAGCAAGAACUCCUUAUUAAAUUGAACCUGGAAUGUUAUUACCUAGUGAAGUAGAAUUGGCAUUAGCUGAUCUAUUUACAUAAGAAAUAAAUAAUUAUAGAACAAUUAGUCAUGCAAGAUAAGCUUUAGUUAGUUCUUUAGAUUUUUCAACUUUGGAAGCAUUCAAAACUCUUGAUUUAUUUAAUUAAGGUUUUCUGACCAAAGAUACUUUAUCUUUAUUUAUGUAAAAAUAAGGAGCUCCAUUGUUAAAUGAAGAAGUAGAGUCAUUUUUUGAUGCUGUUGAUUUGGAUUAAGAUGGAAGAAUAUCUUAUAGUGAAUUAGUAGAAGCAGUUCAUUUAAUGGAGCCUUUGCCAUAUAGAUCAAGUGUUGUUAGAGAUACAGAAUAUAUUAGAGCAGUGGAAAAUAAUAGAUCAUUAGAAAGACUAGCUCUACCUAGUUAUCCUUAUUAUUUCUAUCCUUAUUAUCCAUAUUAUUAUCCUUAUUAUUAUCCAUCUUUGAGAUUAGAAAAUGUUAGACAAAGAGAAAAUUCACUUGAGAGAUUAAGAAGAUCAAGAUUAUAAUAGAUUGAGAAUGAAAAUAGAAUUAUUUAAUUGGAAAAUGAAACAAGAAGAAGUGCAGAAAGAUAAAGAAGUGCUGAAAGAUUAAGAUAGAUAUAAGAAGAAAGUUUAAUAAGAUAAAAAUAAAUAGAAGAAUAAAAUAGAAUUAGAGAAUUUGAUAGAAUAAGAGAUGAAGAUUUAAGAAGAAGUAGAGAGAGAAUAAGAUUAAUAGAGAAUGAAGCAAGAUUAAAGUAAAUUGAAGCAGAAAGUAGGGCAAGAGAUAUAGAAAGAGAAAAUAGAUUAAUAGUAUUAGAAAGAGAGUAAAGAAUAAGAUAAGCAGAAUUAGAAAGGGAAUUAAUAGAAAGUAAAGUUAAAUAUCAAAAUUUGGAAAGAUAAAGUUCUUUAGAGAGAUUGAGAUAGCUUGAAGAUAUAAGAAGAGCAGAAUUAGAUAAAUUAAGAACAAGUUCAGCAUUAGCAUAUUCUCCAUAUUAUUCUACAUACACUUCUAAUGUACCAUAUUAUGAAAAAGUAUUAUAAAAAUACCCUUAUUCAUUAAUCGAUUCAAUAAAUGCUUUUAAGUAUGAUAAUUUAAAUUAUUUAUUAGUUCAAUUCGAAGAUAUUCACCAAUUAAUAAUAAGUCUUUAGUAUAAUCAACAAUUUAUGAAAGUCCAAGUAAAAUAAAAAAAUAAGAAUUCAAAUAAAAAUGA